GUGUACUUGUACGUCGUGGUUACGUAAUGGACAGCUCCCCGGAUGCGGCUGUGAUUGACUGUACGAAGCAAAAAGACAUCGAAAGCUAAGUGGCGUUCCCAGGUGCUGCAGCCGCAGUGGUGUAGGCAGGAUGCAGACCAUAAAGUGUGUGGUGGUGGGCGAUGGGGCGGUGGGCAAAACCUGCCUGCUGAUCUCCUAUACUACCAAUGCCUUCCCCGAGGAGUAUAUCCCCACUGUGUUCGACAACUACAGUGCUCAGAUGAGUGUAGAUGGACGCACCGUGAGCCUCAACUUGUGGGACACAGCUGGCCAGGAGGAGUAUGACCGCCUGCGCACCCUCUCCUACCCCCAAACCAAUGUUUUCAUCAUUUGCUUUUCCAUUGGCAGCCCCUCUUCCCAUGCCAAUGUCAGGCACAAGUGGCACCCUGAGGUGUCUCACCACUGCCCUAAUGUGCCCAUCCUACUGGUGGGCACCAAGAGGGACCUGAGAGGCGACGCAGAAACGGUGAAGAAGCUGAAAGAGCAGGGCCUGGCUCCCACCACGCAGCAGCAAGGUAACGCCCUUGCUAAGCAGAUUGGGGCUGUCAAGUACAUGGAGUGCUCUGCUCUGCUGCAGGAAGGUGUCAGAGAGGUGUUUGCUGAAGCCGUGAGAGCAGUCUUGUACCCGGUCACGAAAAAGAACACCAAGAAGUGUGUGCUGUUGUAAUGAAUGGUUCCCGGACUUGGACUGUGGAGUGGGAUGAUGGAGAUGCACAGAUGCAAAGGAAGGCUGAGGAAGGUCAUCAUCUAGCUGCCUCCGUCCCACCUCCACCAGUGUAGACUUUUACUUCAGCUCCUCUGUUACUCCUCUCCUUGUUCAUCUCCUGGAGGAUUUCAUUCCAUUGCCAUCAUCACCAAAGUGACUAAACCAAAAUGGGGGCAACAGACUGGAUCUCCUCUCUCUUUCUUGGACUCUUACAUUUUAACUUUUGAUAUUUACACCUUUUUUUCCCAGUUUUAAGUCUGUUCUAGAUUAAUAGUUUCUCUGCUUUGCCUUAUAAAAUCUUAUGCUGAUAAUGGUUGUCACAAGCCAUAAUAACCACAAACAACCAACCAAGCUACCCUGUUUGACUGGAGAGAAGAGAUCUGCCUUUGUUCAGGUGGAGAAAUAAUGACUACCUCAUACUCUCACCUAGGUUGCAUCUCAUUAGCCUUGAGCAACUUCACCACCAAGUUUGCCUAUUUAGAUGUAAUAAACAGCAAGCAGAGGGUGAACAUAAUUUCAAGCAACUAGGAUCCAGACAAGGUGUGAUGUCUCCCGAGAAAAUGCCAGUUCCCCGUAAUCGGUGUGCACAGAUUAGAGGUUAAACUACUUAGUGCCGCAGUUCCUCCUGUGCUCAGUGUGGCAUGUUAGAGUUGUUUGGCAGGCUGCCCUGCUGGCCUCUUGCACUGCUCUUUCACUGCCACGCAUGGAGGAGCCAGUAGGCCUUUGAAGAUAAGCUGGAACCAUUAAAAGCAGCCGACCGUUUGCCCUCUCCAGUAAUGGAGGAGCAGGUGUCCGUAAGGGCCUGCCAAAUUAACCCCCAUUUCUACUGGAUUCUCCGAGCUGUCAUAGUCAGGAAGUCUCUGGUUGAAGCACAGCUCUAGUUUGUCUACGUCUUACACAUCAGGCUCACACCGAGUGCCGCUCAAACCGUGCCUAAAAAUAACUCUUUGACAAGGUAGCGUCAUGCAGUGACUGUAUUUUGACUAAUUAUGUUGGAUUUACUCUGUAAAUGUAUUUUUCCCUCAAAUGUUUUUUAACCCAGGAGUGUGGUCACGGCCAAAGUUGAAUAUAAAUAUAUAUUUUUUUGUCAUCGCCUAUGUUUAUUUGAUCAGUAAAAUGUGUUUGUGUUUUGUACUUAAUACUCAGAUUUGAUAAACCACAACUCAUAACUCUUCCUAUGUCAGUUAUAUUCUUGCCUUACAUUUUUUUCAAACUCAACAGAUUUUGACUUCUACAUAAUGGAUUCCAUAUUGCAUGUAAUGCCAUAAUAAGUUUUAAGUGGUUUAAUUGGCUUGUGCCAGGCUAUAUACUUAUUUUCCUUAAUCGUGUUGGAUAGCUGAAUAUCAUUCCGUCUUAGAGUAAGCACAGCAUGAUAACUGCCUUGUAGCUUGAUGUAAAUUUUUCUACCUUGUAACAGCAGUUUAAAUACACCGUUACAGGAGCUUCUUAUCUGGCCUGAUGCCUUAUCUAAACCAAAGACCGUAACAAUGCUCCUCUAUCAAACCCAAAGGAUCUUAUCAUAGUGCUGCAAGUGCCCUGAGACCUUUUAUGUGUUUGAUACAGGAUGAACCAACUCGGGUUUUGGUUUCAUAUUUGUCUCAGAAGCUUUAUGAGAUGUUUCCUGCCAAUAAACACCCUCUCCCGAGCCCUCCUUGUAACACACAGGUGCUAAACUGACAUCUUGUGCAGCAUCUGCGUGCAUUUGUGAAACGGAGCGCUGGUGGCACACGGCUCUCGACAGAUUGUGGUUUACAUCUCUGCAUCGCACUGGUGCAGCAAGGCCAAGGUUCACAAACAUAACUGACGCCUCACAAGUGUAGCACUACCUGUGUUGACAGAAAGUGCCUUGCCUCCAGCUUUGAAGAUUUUUAUACUGUUUUAUGAAAGGUUUUUUAAGUGAUAAAUGGCUGCCCGUUUGUGCCCACAACUGCCAGUAAUAACAGUAAGCCUUCUACCACGUUUUGUCAGUUAUUUUCAUUUAUUCAAUUGAGUAGGGCCACAUUAUACGCAAACUUAGUGGGUGGCCUGUGUAUAGAAACUGAAGUGUGACGAGUGGAAGCCAAUAAUGCGGUUUGUCUGCCAAAAGAAGUAUGACAAUUUCCCAGAUCAGUAUGACUGUGGAGGGGUGAAUGUACGUGCAUGAUGUGUCAACUGUGGUGAGCUUGUUUUUCUGCCAUGCCCCGAUUCCACGACGAUAGUGCUGUCGAAGUGGAACGUACACCUGUGGGCUUUUCUUUGUCUGUGUCCCGGAGCUGUCUGUAUGCUACCGUGUGCGUGGUACUACACUUUUACACUGGGAACUUGAUUUGUAGAAAUCUAUUUGUAAUUGUUUUAUAUAUAACAAAAGCAUAUUUGUAUAAAUGAACUAACAAUGAGAUGAUUUUAAAUUAUGCCAAAUAAAACGGUGGUUAAACCCAA